AUGGUGAUGCUACGGAGCAACACGGGCAGCGGGCGCGGCCGUCCCGUCCCGUCCGCCGCGGCCGGAGGCGGCCAGGGGUCCCUUUACGACCUGAUGGACUCGAGCUCCGAGUUCCUAUCCCUGAACUCCCCGGCGCCCCGGAGCCGCAGGAUGGGCACCCGCUCGGCCGCAGCCGCCUCCGGCAGCAAGUGCAGCAGAGGAGCCGGGAGAGCGCCGGAGGCCCCGGGCAGCGAAUUUUCUUCUGGAAAAGCUGAAUGUUUUACUGGACAUUCCUUAAGACCAAUGAGAAAAAGUAACCUGCACUCUUCAGACUCUAGUUUUGACAAAAGUAUGGAAAUGUUAAGUGAGAAUGUUAAUGGAAGACACUUUACAAGGCAGUUGGCUAAGCUGCAGGCUGACCAGAAAAAUGAAGAUUGUAAAGCAGUAAUUCCAGUCACUAGAUCUUUGAAAACCAGAGCUGAUGUGAAAGCUGCUGAACAAGUCCAUGGAGAGAGUGGGGAUGUGGAGGUGCGUCGCAGUUGCAGAAUCAGGCGAAGCCGUUAUAGUACUACAAACCAAUCCGUUUUGUUUGACAAACUUAUAACGAACACUGCAGAAGCAGUAUUACAAAAAAUGGAUGACAUGAAGAAGAUGCGUAGACGCCGAAUGAUAGACUUGGAAGAUCUUGGGGUGUUCAAUGAUGCCGAGGAAGAAAAUCUUGAUAUGUAUGCUCGAGGAAAGCAAAAGAGAGAGCAAAGAACUGAUGAAGAAACCACUGAUAAUCAAGAUGGCAGUGCAGAGUCAUCUGAAGAAGCUGAAGACCAGGAAGAUGAGGAUGGAGAAGAUAAUCAAAAGCGCUAUGACCUUAGACAGAGGAAAACUGUUGUACGCUACCAAGCCCCAUUGGAAAAGCCAAGGCACCAAAGAAAGCCCAACCUAUUUUAUACUGGUCCAUCCUCUCCUGUGAGACGAAGAUAUCCUUUUAGCCCUGCAGGACCACGAAGUCCCUACUGUAAAAGGAUUAACAGACGAAAGCAUGCAAUCCAUAACAGUGAUUCCACAUCUUCCUCCUCGUCGUCUGAUGAUGAGCAACGUUUUGAAAGGCGUAGGAAAUGCAGUCGUAACAGAGCAUUAAGCCGGUGUCUUCCACUAAACUUUCGGAAAGACGAAUUAAAAGGAGUUCACAAGGAUCGGAUGAAAAUUGGAGCAAGCCUGGCCGAUGUUGAUCCAAUGCAAAUAGAUUUUUCAGUACGAUUUGAUAGUGUGGGUGGACUAUCUAGCCAUAUUUCAGCUUUAAAAGAGAUGGUGGUUUUUCCAUUGCUUUAUCCAGAAGUAUUUGAGAGAUUCAGAAUUCAGCCUCCAAGGGGCUGUCUAUUCUACGGUCCACCUGGUACUGGAAAAACCCUUGUUGCUAGGGCACUUGCUAAUGAGUGCAGUCAGGGUGAUAGAAGAGUAGCCUUCUUUAUGAGAAAAGGUGCUGAUUGCCUCAGUAAAUGGGUGGGAGAAUCUGAACGACAGCUUCGUUUAUUAUUUGAUCAGGCUUAUCAGAUGCGUCCUUCAAUUAUUUUCUUUGAUGAGAUAGAUGGUUUGGCUCCUGUACGAUCCAGUAGACAAGAUCAAAUUCACAGUUCUAUUGUAUCUACGCUACUGGCACUUAUGGAUGGCUUGGAUAGCAGAGGAGAGAUUGUGGUAAUCGGAGCUACCAACAGACUGGAUUCAAUAGAUCCUGCUUUACGAAGACCUGGGCGUUUUGACAGAGAAUUUCUUUUCACCUUGCCAGAUAAAGAGGCUAGAAAAGAGAUUCUCAAGAUUCACACGAGAGACUGGACCCCUAAGCCACUGGACAUGUUUCUUGAAGAGUUAGCAGAAAAAUGUGUUGGAUAUUGUGGUGCAGAUAUUAAGUCCAUAUGUUCUGAAGCUGCUUUGUGUGCUUUGCGCCGACGUUAUCCUCAGAUAUACACUAGCAGUGAGAAGUUGCAGUUGGAUAUCUCUUCUAUUAAAAUAACAGCUAAGGAUUUUGUUGUGGCUAUGCAGAAGACUAUACCAGCUUCUCAAAGAGCUGUGACUUCACCUGGCCAAGCACUCUCAGCCAUUUCGAAACCACUGCUUGAAAAAACACUUCACAGAAUUCUAGGAGCCCUACAAAGAGUGUUUCCACACGUGGAGCUUGGAAUAAAAAAAGGACAAAAGACAGAUGUUGCAAGUGCUAUUUUAGAAAGUGACUUAAUGUAUAGUGAUGAGGAAAUGCCUUCAGUGUUUGAAAAUCCGCUUUCCCAGAAAACACCUAAUAAGCAGAAAGCAAAUGUCCUUAAUUUUAACAGAAGUGCUUAUCGUCAGCCAACAUCUUACAGACCAAGGCUCUUGAUAGUUGGAGAGCCCGGUUUUGGACAGGGCUCUCAUUUGGCACCAGCAGUAAUACAUGCUUUGGAAAAGUUCACGGUGUACACAUUGGAUCUCUCAGUUCUGUUUGGAAUCAGUACCACAUCACCCGAAGAAACAUGUGCACAGUUGAUCCAUGAAGCCAAAAGAACAGCACCAAGUAUAUUAUACAUUCCACAUGUCCACUUAUGGUGGGAGACUGUUGGAUUCACUUUGAAAGCUACAUUUACAACAUUAUUACAGAAUAUUCCAUCAUUUGCUCCAGUUCUGCUGCUUGCAACAUCAGAUGUACAUCAUGCAGCUCUACCAGAAGAGGUGCAGGAAUUAUUUGUUGAUGAUUAUGGAGAAGUUUUCAAUGUCCAGUUGCCUAACAAUGAAGAAAGAAGGAAAUUUUUUGAAGAUUUAAUUCUGAAUCAAGCUGCUAAGCCUCCUGUAUCAAAAAAGAAAGCAGUUUUGCAGGCCUUAGAAGUCCUUCCAAUAGCACCACCGCCUGAGCCACGACAGUUGACAGUCGAGGAGGUGAAACGGCUUGAGGAGCAAGAGGAGGAUACAUUACGUGAACUUAGGAUUUUCUUGAGGAAUGUUACACACAGACUUGCCAUUGACAAACGUUUCAGAGCAUUUACAAAACCCGUUGACCUAGAUGAGGUACCCGAUUAUGUCACAGUUAUCAAACAGCCAAUGGAUCUUUCAACAGUUAUCUGUAAAAUUGACCUGCACCAAUAUCUGACUGCAAGAGACUAUCUGAGAGAUAUUGAUCUAAUCUGUAGCAAUGCUUUAGAGUACAAUCCAGAUAGAGACCCAGGAGAUCGUCUCAUCAGACAUAGAGCCUGUACUCUGAGAGAUACAGCAUAUGCAAUAGUCAAGGAAGAAAUGGAUGAAGACUUUGAACAACUGUGUGAAGAAAUUCAGGAGUCUCGCAAGAAAAGAGGUUGCAGCUCUUCAAAAUAUGCUCCAUCUUACUAUUAUGUGAUGCCAAAGCAGAGCUCCAUAUCUGAAUGUAAGAAAUUGGAUCUUGAGUGUAGUGAAAAAAUGAAGAUACCUGCUAUGCCUGUGGAUUCCAGCUCACCUUUCCUUUCUAAUGCUUUAUCAAAGAAAAAACCUCGCAGAAAGAAUAGGUGGUCCUUGGGUAGUAUAAAAAAGAGGAGGAAGAUUUUUCAGUUCAAUAAAGAGAACAAAAUUCCAGAGGAAGAGCAGGAUGAAAUUGAGAGUGAUGGAGAAGUGUUGCUGGAAAAUCAUGAUUCCAGUGUAGAUCAGACUGAAGCUGAGGUCACACGUGAUUCUUCAGUGGAAGAAGGGGAAACUGCUCUUCAGGAACGGCAGACAAAUGGUUGUGAAAACAAAUCUGAGGCAGAAGGUGGGAAAGAGAGAGCCAUCUGUGACAAUGCUAAGCAUGGAUCUGAAAAGGAAACCAAUAAGACUCCUGUACUUUUAGAACUGAGAAGGGAAAGUGAAGGAUGUAAUGGAGAAAUUCCCAAUUCUCAAAUAAUAGAAAACUCUGAAGAGAGAGAUUGUAAUGAUGUGUGUGUACUUCGUAUGACCCGUUGUAGACGUUCUCAAGUAGAACAGCAGCAGCUCAUCAGUGCUGAGAAAGCCAUAGAGAUCCUCACUGAGCCAGCUUCCCCUCUUAUUGUGGACUACGAAGAUCUUAAAAAACUGUUAAAGAUUGUCACCGAAAAAAGUAGAGACUACAAUAUAUUUCACUUGGAAAAACUUUAUGCAAUACUCAGCCAAUGUAUUUAUCGACAUCGCAAAGACUAUGACAAGACCAAAUUAAUACAGGAAAUGAAAAAAGAAAUUGCAGUCUUCAAGCAAACUGAAGAUCAUAAUAUCUAAAAUUAACUGAUUUCUACUUUUCUAACCUUUUACUUUAAUUUUAUGCUCCUUUGUAACCUGUGCAUAGUUCAAUAUCCGAGUGCAUA